AUGGCUUUGCACAUCGAUUUCCGCUACCUCGAUGAGGGCCUCGGCGGCGCGCGCGGCAAGCGCAAGCGCCGGGAGAAGGAGGAGGAGGAGGCUGCCGCCGAGUCCAUGGACGUCGACGCCGAGGUCCCCCGCCCAUCCAAGCUCUGCGUCGUCCCCUCCCUCUCCGACCCUUCCAAGCCGGCCAGCUUCGGGCAGCCCACCUACGGCGGCGUCAUCGCCUGGCGCGUCUCGGGGCGGAACUGGAAGGAGCCCCGCACGUGGCGCUCGUCCGCGCUGAUGGUCUCCCGGAAGCCCGUCCCGCUGGAGCAGCGCGUGCGCGACAAGUUGAAAGAACAUCUCUCCAUAAUUAUGUUUGUGUGUUUGAUGACAACAUAUGUGAUGAUCUAA